AUGAAGACUUCCGUCUCUCUCCUCGGCGCUUUCGCCGCCUCUGCCCUCGCUCACGGCACAGUCCCCAACUUCCGCGUCGAUGGUGUCGCCCACGGCGGUUUCCUCCUCGACUACUACUACGCCAAGGUCAACGGCCAGACCCCUCCCAAGGUCGCCGGCUGGUACGCUGAGAACCUCGACAACGGCUUUGUGGCCCCCGACGCCUACCAGACCUCCGACAUCAACUGCCACAAGAACGCCGCUCCCGGCGAGGCUUCCGUGCAAGUUGCCGCUGGCGGCACCGUCGACUUCCUCUGGUCCGCCUGGCCCGAGUCUCACAAGGGACCUGUCUUCACCUACGUUGCCAAGUGCGACGGUGACUGCACUUCUGCCGACAAGGACUCCCUCAAGUGGGUCAAGAUUGACGAGGCCGGCAUCGACCUGACCACCCAGGUCUGGGCUGCCCAGGACCUCAUCGCCAACAACAACACCUGGUCCACCACCGUCCCCUCCACUCUUGCCCCCGGCAACUACGUCUUCCGCCACGAGAUCAUUGCUAUGCACGGUGCUGGCUCCCAGAACGGUGCCCAGAACUACCCCCAGUGCUUCAACAUUGAGAUCACCGGCUCCGGCACCGACAACCCCGAGGGUGUCCUCGGAACUGAGCUGUACACUGCUGAUCACCCUGGCAUUCUCUUCAACCCCUACACCACCCUCACCAGCUACGAGAUGCCCGGCCCUGCUCUGUACGGUGGAUCCAACUCCACCACUGCCAGCCUCAACAAGUUCCGUCGCAACCAUGCCCGUAGCUUCCGCCUGAGGAACCUGAAGCACUAA